UUUUGGGGGUAACGAUGACGAACGCAGCAGUUUUUGCAUUGCAAUCGGCAAAGGCGUUGUUAACUCGCUGGGAUUAGGUUUUGGCACGCCAUUGCUGGACAAGAUGACGUAAGUCGUUAGCCCUUAACUUAAUAUGUCCAAAACACAACCCCAGCUAGGACAGCGUGUACAAAUAACGGGCAAGCCAGAGCUCUGCGGCGUUGUCGCCUACGUGGGACGCACCAGCUUUGCAGCUGGCCAGUGGUUUGGCAUCGCGCUCGAUACGCCGCGUGGCAAGCACAAUGGCACCUUGCAGGGCAGCACCUACUUCAAAUGCGCCACCAACUGCGGCCUCUUCGUGCGUGCCCAGCAGCUGCAGCUGCUGCUGCUAGAGAAAGUUGCGGAAGCAAGAAAAUCAAACUCAAACAAUCGAUACGACGACAACAUGCAACGUGAGGCGGCAAGCAAGGCAAAGCCAUUGAGUCGAGGGCGAAGUAAGCAGAGUACAGAGGAGCAGGACACUUCAGCGGGCAAAGCUACAAAUAAGUCACAAGAGAGCGGCAGCAAGUCAUGGGUGAUUUCGUCGCCAGUCAAGCGUCAGUCACCAGCAAGAGAGCCUCCAGCAGCGCAGUCGGAGCAAGUGCAGCAGCGGGAGGAAUCUCCGGGCAAAGCUUCAAAAAAGUCACAGGAGAGUGCGGUUAAGACUUGGGUAAGCUCCACUCCGUCUCCAAUUAAACAUCAGUCGCCAAAAAAGGAACUUCCAUUGGUUGCUGCCCAGUCGGAGCAAGUGCAGCAGCGGGAGGCGUCUCCGGGAAAAGCUAGCAAGACACGGAUAAACUCAACCUCGUCGCCAGUCAAGGGUCAGUCUCCCGCAAAACAACUUCCAGUGUCGGAGCAGGAUGGCUCCCCAGGCAGGUCUACAAAAAAGUCACAAGAGAGUGCAGGCAAGACAUGGGUUAACUCCUCCCCAAAAAGAGAGCUUCCAUUGGCUGUUGCCCAGUCGGAGCAAGUGCAGCCGCCGCAAGACGCUUCAGCGGUCAAGGCUACAAAGACAUGGAUUAACUCCACUCCAACACCAGUAAAAGAACUUCCAUUUGCUGCUGCCCAGUCGGAGCAAGUGCAGGCUGCGGUAUUGGCACCACCCGCUAUGACCUGCAAUCAGCGUCGCUCCACUUCGUACACGCAGCUGCGUCCCACACGCAUCAGUCAACCCAAGCCGACAACAGCUCAGGCCCAGAGCUCCACAGCGCAGCUGACGCUGGCCAUGCCUGUGCCGCUGGCGCUGGCACCGAAACGCAGCAAGACCAGCAUGAGUCCCACGAGCAGUUGCAAGCGCUUGUCUGCGGCGCCGCCUGCCUUUGUGGAGGCGGGCUUCCUGGAGAUACUGCGACCGCAGUUUACGCCGGGCCCAGCGCUGAGAACUCCCAGCGCAACGGCGCCGCAGCAGACGGCGCCAAUGGAAAGCGCUGAACUGCGUCAGCUGCGGGAGGAGCUGCAAUUGUUGCGUGUGCAGAAGAGCGAGGAUAAACUGAAGCUGCUGGAGCUGGAGCGCAUGCGUAUACACAAUGAGCAGCUGCUGGAGUUCAAGUCACAGAUUAUGACGCAGCAGGUGCUGCUGCAGCGGGAACUGCAGCGCUGUCGCUAUGAGCAGCGCGAGGCGCAGGAGACGAUGAUGAAAUAUAAGCGAGAGCUGGACGAUGUGGGCGAGAGCAUAGAGCUGCUGACGCUGGACAAGGAGAUGGCUGAGGAGCGCAUGGAGACGCUGCAAUUGGAGCUGGAAUUGGCGCAGGAGCGAAAUGAUGAGCUCAGUCUGGAUUUGGAAAUUAUGCGGGCCGAGCAGGAGCGUGAGCCUGAGCAUUUGGAAAAGUUGGGCAAGCAAGCAGUGCCGCAGGCUACGGCGCCCACGGGUGAGCUGCUGCGUCUGGAGCAGUACAAUCAACGCAUGCGGGAGACAGUAGUGCGCCUGCGUGAUGCACUAGCUCAUGAAAAGCAGCUGAGCGCGCGCACUCAUAAAGAGUUGGAAACGAAGCACUCGGAAAUAAAUGAGCUCAAGAGCACGAAGGAGCUGCAAAGUAAACGCGUGGAUCAGCUGGAGGUGCAGCUUAUGGAUCUCAAGGAACAGGUGGAUGCUUCGCUGGGUGCAGAGUCCAUGGUCACGCAGUUGGCCUCGCUCAAGCUGGAGCUGGAGGAACGCGUCAAGCUGUUGGAAGAUGAGGUGAACGAACUGGAAGCCUUAGAGCAAAUACAGGAGCAGUUGAUAGAAAGCAACCAGGAAUUGGAGUCGGAUUUGCGCGAUGAAAUUGACAAACUGAGCGCGCAGCUCAAGUCGCUGGAGCAGCAGAAGAACGCCGCUCUGGAGAGUCUCUACGAUCGUGAUGUAACCAUAGUCAAGUUUCGAGAUUUGGUGCGUCAGCUACAGGAGCAACUGCAGCUGAAAACAGACGGCGGCACCUUGUCCAUUGAGGACUUUAGCAGUGCCAACGAGUCGCAGCAGGAAGAGGGCUCCCAGCAGAGCCAGGCGGACUAUCAGCACAUCUUCAGCGUGAGCAAAGCCUAUGGACGUGCGCUGGAGCAACAACUCAAGUCCGUGGAGUUACGUUUGUUGCGUCAACACCUGGAGCACGUGCUCAGCUUUGUGCCCGAACAGUUUAUGCUGCGAGGUGGCGAACACGAUGUGGUGUUGGUCAUGCUGCUCCUGGAACGCAUGCAGCAAAAGCUUCAGAUUGUUUGCCAGGCCAUCAACGAAAAGUUCCCCAAUGCCUGCGAAUUCGGUCGCGAUGCCAUCUUCGAGGGCUACUCCGUGCAGCGUUAUAUCUUCCGAGCGCAGUGCAUCUAUUUGCUGAAGAGUCUGCAGUUGGUGCUGCAGCAGUUCCACCACGGCCUCAACCACUGCGACUACGAGCUGUGCACACACGUGGCCAUUUAUCGGAGUGACCUGGAGACGCAGGAGCAGCAGCUGGAUGAAUUUGUGCAUCUGCUCAAGACGGGUCAGCUGGAUGAGCACACCAACUGCGAAGCCAUACGGCGGGUCCUGCACUAUGUGAAUGCGCUGCAUCAGAACCUGAUGCCGCCACAGACGCUGGUGGAGCUGCUGGACGAACAACAACUCUAUGGUGCACUAAUUGAAGUCUACGAGGGCGGUCUGGAUGCGGUGAAUGCCAAUGCGGGACUGUUGCAUACGAUUAUACAGCUGGGGGAUGAGCAGACGGCGUCGUUUCAGUGCAUGCAGCUGCUCAUGGAGCAGAGCUGUGCGCUCAAGCAGCAGCUGAAGAAACUGCAGCGCAAGCUGCUGGGCAACAAGAGCACCACGGCCGCCUGGACGGGCAUGCCCUGUGCGCGCUAUCAACGCAUACUAGAGGCGAAUGAGCUGCUGGGCGCGCUUAUCAAUAUGCUGGGCGUGUCGGCGCGUGAGGCCAGCAAGGACAACAAUGGCGGCAUUGCGCAUGAAAAGCUCUGGCGUGUGCUCAGCCUGAACUACAGCAAGUAUGCGCCCAGUCAGGAGGCUGAGGAUGCGGACUUGAUGUCUUAUGGGCAGCGCUGCAUGCAGCUGCUGGAGGAGCAAUUGCUGGAGCUGUGCACGCUGCUGGAACCACGCGAUGUCAAUACGGAGUAUGUGCGUCAUGCCGCCAGCAACACAUUGCAGCAGCGAGCGGCUCAAGUGCGGCGUCACUAUGAGGACAUCAAAAGCCUGGAGCUGGCUGUGGGCGAACGCGAGGAGAAGGAAAUCAAAUCAAUGAAGCUGGCAGCCAAGCAGAAGCAGCAGGACUACUCGGAGCUGCAGGUGCGCAAGGAAAUGGCCGAGAAGCAGCUGCAACGCUUCAGCAGGGAUCAUUGCCAGCUAUUGACGCACAUGGCCGACGCUGUCGAGCGACUCGAGCAGUGUCUGCUGGCCAAGGAGGCGUCGCUGCAGCAGGCGCUAAACACACUCGGCGAUAAGUUGCUGCAACUGGAGCAGGCUCAGCAGCUGUGGCAGCAGCAACAGCAGGUGGACAGUGCCUGUGUCAGCAGCUCAACGCGUCACUCCCAUAUGGAGUUGCAUCUGCUGCAUCAGGCUUUGCGCCAGGAGCGCCAACAACGAGUGCAGCUGCAGUCGAGCGAGCUGUGCCGCAGCUUUGCUGCCUUGGAGCCGCUGCAUGUGCCAGAGCCGCGGGCAAGCGCUGAGCUUAGCUCACUGGAGUCACAGCUGCGUCAGCUGAAGAACCAAUGGCUGCUGGCGCACUUGGAUCUGACGCCCAGCGGCCAUCAGCGUCGUUCGCACAUCGAAUUGCAGGGCAGUCGGCUAUUGCGACAUAUCUUCCAGGCCUAUUGCGCACAGCAUCCGCAUCGGGCGGCGCCCACAGACUUUGGACUAUUCAUUAGCGAGGAUCUGCGACGCGCGUUCUAGAACAAUUCUACUGUACUAUAGUUAGAAAUAAUAGACUCAUCUAACCAUAUAUACAGUUAUAUACAUAUAUACAUAUAUACCGCAAGUAUUUCGGCUAGUUAGAAGGGGGUAAAUGUGAUUUGCUGUUUAUUACCAACAUACUUAUGUACUUAUUACCUAUUGCCUAGCGUUCAGAUUGCAUGUUAACCAACAAAUUAAUUAUUUAAAUAAAUUUGCAGUAUAUACGCGCAUAAAUAUUAUAAGUAGUUU